AUGAAGAAUAUAUAUUCCUCGCUCGCGCUUUUCCUGGCCAUUUCCGGCGCCACGGCGUCCACAUGCGACCGCUCCGUCGCCAGAACAUGGCCUUCGGCAGGAGCCUGCGCAGGAAAUCCCGCCUGUAACGACCUCAGUUUGAUCGGUCAAUGCAACGCCCAGACAUACAUCGACGGCGGAAAGUGUGUGAAGAAGCGGGCGACAUCGCUACAAUGUACCACCAGCGAGAUCUGCUAUCUUUACACAGACGGUGACUUGUUGUGCAUCGACUGGACGACUGGAAAUUACCACGACCAAAAUGGCGGCACAGGCAAUAGCAACUCCGGUGUAUACACCUACGCGAACGGCGCCGUGACCACCAAUCUCGGCGGCACCGCCACAACCCGUCGCGCGACGGCGACUGCGGUCGGCGCAGGCGGAUUGACGCAGCCUGCGACCACGACGGCGGCAAAUGCAGCAGCAGUCGCAACGGGAACGGGAACAAACUCCGCUCAACAGGCAGCUGCGACGACGACCCGUCCCAAUGCCGCAAACGAUCUCCACAGCGGAGUUGCGAAUGCUGCUUGGGCUGUUGCCGCACCAGUCCUCUUGGCCCUUGCGGUAUAG